UGUGAAAUCUUCCGAUACCAAAUUUUACACUUCUGACAUCGAUCGUGCUCAUACUUUCGCUCGCGAAAUUGAGGGAGGCAUGAAACCAGCUGCUUGUCAACUGGGCCUAGAGCGGACCGUCUUAUUACAUAAUGACUAAUGACAUCACUUCUGGUCCGCCCAAUUCGCAUAGCUCCUCAAGGCCACAAAUUCCAAGCACACCGUCCCACACAUCCAUACCUCACCCAGAUUGCGACACCAUGGAAUCCAACGGCAGUGCUGACUGCGUACUUAUUUUGGUCGCCAUCAUCUUCCCCCCUGCCGCAGCAGCUUUCAUCUCAGGCUGCGGCUGUGAUCUCUUCGUGAACAUCUUGUUGACUUUGCUCGGAUACUUUCCUGGACUCAUCCACGCGCUCUGGCUCAUAUUCAAGCGUGUAAAUGUUCAGCCGCGACAUGCUCGGGGUAGCUAUCGAUACACUGGCGCGGGAACACCUGCCCCGGCGCCCCAGCAAAGUGCUUCACAGCCGCCUGGAUAUAGUGCCACGAACCAGCCAAGUGCCUCGCAGCCGGCUACAGAUGCAGCCACGAGCCAGCCCGCUGAUGCUCCUCCAGUCGGCAAGAAUUGAGGAAUAGCAUGGUUAAAUACACGCACGUGGUGGAACGAAGUACAUUCCGAGGCCACCUGGACUGUAAUCCGAGUCAUACGAGUAACGUUGAUAAAUUUCUGUCGAGUUUCGUGCUUUAUCACUUG